GCUAUAAGGAGCGGCGGGGGCGGAGGAGGCGCUCGGCGGCGGCGCGGAGCGGCGGGCGCGGCAGCGGCUGCAGGUCAGGGGAGAUUGCCGGCAACAUGCGCCUGCUGCGGGCCCUGCUCUGCCUCUGGCUGCUGGCCCAAGAGGCCCGGGCUUCUCGGGUACGCACCCGCCGGGAGCUGGCCCCCGGCUUGUACGAGCAUGGGGUCUACGAUGCCGGCGGGUCCUACUGCCAGCGAGGGGACGUCUGCUGCCACGGCCGCGACGACGGCUGCACCGUGCCCUACCACGACACCCUCUGCUACUGCGACCUCUUCUGCAACCGCACCGUCUCCGACUGCUGCCCCGACUUCUGGGAGUACUGCCUGGGCAUCCCGGCCCCCUUCCCCAAAGCCCCAGGCUGUGCCCGCGCCGGCCGCAACUUCCCCACCGGAGCCACGUACCGGGAGAACUGCAACCUGUGCACCUGCGGCCCCGGCGGGCAGUGGCAGUGCGAGGACCAUGCCUGCCUGAUGGACGGGGAGCUGAUCGACGCUGUCAACAGGGGCAAUUACGGCUGGAGAGCCGCCAACUACAGCCAGUUUUGGGGCAUGACGCUGGAGGACGGGAUCCGGCACCGCCUGGGCACCUUCCGACCCUCUCCCACCGUCAUGAACAUGAACGAGAUGCACAUGAACAUGGACUCCAACGAGGUCCUGCCCCGCCACUUUGACGCAGCCGCCAAGUGGCCCGGGAUGAUCCACGAGCCCCUGGACCAGGGCAACUGCGCCGGUUCCUGGGCCUUCUCCACGGCGGCUGUCGCCUCGGACCGCAUCUCCAUCCACUCCAUGGGACACAUGACACCUGCCCUGUCACCCCAAAACCUCCUCUCCUGCGACACCCGCAACCAGCGGGGCUGCAGCGGGGGCCGGCUGGACGGUGCCUGGUGGUACCUCCGCAGGCGAGGGGUGGUGACGGAUGAGUGCUACCCCUUCACCAGCCAGGAGAGCCAGCCGGCAGCACAGCCCUGCAUGAUGCACAGCCGCUCCGCGGGCAGGGGCAAGCGGCAAGCCACGGCGCGUUGCCCCAACCCCCAGACCCACGCCAACGAGAUCUACCAGUCCACCCCCGCCUACCGCCUCUCCUCCAGCGAGAAGGAGAUCAUGAAGGAGCUGCUGGAGAACGGCCCCGUGCAAGCCAUCCUGGAGGUGCACGAGGAUUUCUUCAUGUACAAGAGCGGGAUCUAUCGGCACACGCCCGUGGCCGAAGGGAAGGGGCCGAAGCACCGGAGACACGGGACCCACUCGGUCAAAAUCACCGGGUGGGGAGAAGAGCAGCUGCCUGACGGCCAGACCCAAAAGUAUUGGACCGCGGCCAACUCCUGGGGCACGGCGUGGGGCGAGGGCGGCCAUUUCCGCAUCGCCCGCGGCGUCAACGAGUGCGAGGUGGAGACCUUCGUGGUGGGCGUCUGGGGCCGCGUCAGCAUGGAGGACAUGCCCCACAAGUGAGCGCCUCGCUGCCACAGCCCCCCCCCCCGCCACGCCGGGGCUCCCCAGCCCCGCAGAUGUCCUUGUCCCCCACCAUGGCCCUGCCCAGCACCGCAGCCCCUCCGUCCCCUCCUGGGGGCACCCGGGCAGGGGGAUGGGACUGUCGCCUGGGUCCCCCUCCCCGGGGGCCGUGUGUCCCCGCUGUGCUGACGCGGCGGCUGGGUGCAGUGGCGCGUGUGGACGGGGGUGCCCCGGGGGGGCCCGUCCCUCAUCCCGUGGGAUUUACCCACUAAUCCCCCCGCCCCAGGCUCGGCGGGGCUGCGGUGGCAGCCAGGGGCUCUUUAAAGGCAGCUGCCCCCCGCCAUGGCAGCUUCACCCCCCCUCCUCCCAGCGCCGGCGGCCAUGGGGCUGGGGGAGCAGCCCAGCGGGACCCUCGUGGCUCCUGCACCCCAUAUCUGCUCCCCUCACCCCGCGCAGCCCCCCAGCCCUGGGGGGGUGAAACAAGCCAGCAGUGCCCGGGGGGGGAGGUUCGUCUGUUGCCCCGAGGCUGGGUGUUGCCAACUGGGGAUGGGGUCCCUACCGUCCCCCCUUUCCUGUCCCUAUGGUGCUACGGCCCCUGCCACCCCCCCCCGUGGGGACGGUGGGGACGGGGAGGGCUCAGCCCCACGUUGUCCCUGUCCCCGUGGGGCCACAAUUGGGGACCACACAGCAGCACAGCCCGGCUCCCCCUGCCCCUUUUCCCCGCCAGGGCUGUAUUUUUAAGACUUUUUGUAUUUAUUUUGCUUUUUAUUAUUUGUAAAUAAACUGACUGAAGUUUA